CGGAUAUUCCGGUUUGGAGAACGGCUGUUUUUCUCAAUAAUUACCGCAUUCCGUGACCCUCAGGAAAAUAACUUUAAAAAUAAACCUCAAAAUGACCCUACAAACGGAUGAUUGCAACGGGGCACCCCCGGAGUGCGUGUGACAUGAUGUUGACUCAAGAGCGAGACUGACCCACGUGCUUUUUAUGGAGGCGUGAAAAGGGCCCCAUUGGUCACUUCCUGGAUGUGAGAGCAGAUGAGGAAACAGGAGUAACGGUACUGAAGCGCUUUCUCUUGUGUCGGUUCAGUAUCGUUCUGAAACAAUGCACCACGCUGGACUUUAACUCUUGGAUUACAGUACUCACAGUGAAGGAUGCAAGGUGCUAUUGCACGGGUUUGCUUGGUGGUAGUAGCCGCUAUCCUCAACCACCCGCUGCUCUUCCCUAAUGAGAACACCACCAUCCCUGAGCAAGAUGAUGAGCUCCUGACCCGAAUGAAGGAGCACCAGGAGAAGCUGGAGGCCGAACACAAGCGCCUGGAACUGGAGAUCUCUCAAACAGAAACAGCUCUGACUGGUGAUCAGGACAGUUACAGCUGGUACUUUUGGAGCUCUCUCUGCCUAGUCAUUUUCUUCACAAUUGAGGUGUGCAGACAGGAUAUGAUCCCUACUGAAAUGCCAGACCCCAUGGAAGAUGAAGAUGGAGAUUCCAGUGCCGAAUAUCUCAGCGCUAAGACUGUAGUCCUAGAUAAAGGUGUCCUAAGUAACUUCUGCAAGACCCGCUUCCAUCCUUUCAUCCACGAGAGCGGGAGAGUGCGAGAGUUUAUCGAGGGCUUUGCAGAUGAUCUGCUCGAGGCUUUGAGAAGUGUUUGCGAUCGAGAAUCUGACCUGGAAGUCGAGGACUUUGUUGGCAUAGGCAGUAUGUUUGAGUCCUGGAGGGUGUCUAAACCUCCUACAUGUGACCUCAUUGUGCCUUUUGCUCCUCCACGGUCAUUCAGGUUCCAGUUUCAACUCUGGUGCGACCCCUCAACUGAAAUCCCACUGGACUUGCAAGGAUGUGGAAGGAUUAAACUAAUUAAACCAGGUGGGAAUGGCACAGACUGUCUUUGUGCCUCAACCAAUCUUGGUGACGAUAUGCUGUGCCUGCUUCACAGCAGAAAUGAGUGUGGAAAGCUUGAGGAAGACAAUUUGGUGGAGCUCCUCUGUGCAAAGAACACCUCGUAUUUGUCGAAAGAUCAGAUCAUGACAUGGUUCCAGAUCUCGGUGAGCAAAGCAUGGGGCCAUAUCUCUCAUAAAUACGAUUUUGAGCUGGGAUUUCGGAACCUGGACUUUCCUGGAGCUCUGAAAAUCAGAUUUAGGUCUGGAAAGACUGUUGUUCUAAACAUUACCCCUGCUGUUCAGUUUGAGGACACGGAUGCUUACCUCAUCUCUCAUUUCCCAUCUGACAUUAGCAACUCCUCAGACACUCACUGGAAACUCUCACUAACCGUUUAUGAAAAGAAUCUGCUUAAACCUAGCAAACAACUUCCUACAAAUUCGUGUCACGUUCACUGUCUUCAGAUAGUUUCUUUCUUGCACAAAAAGCAGACAGCUUUGACUGGGAGAAGCGCCUUUUCUAAUUACCAUAUAAAGACGGCGCUUUUGCAUCUGCUGUUGAGUAAAUGUCCUGCCAUGUGGCAGCCACAGAAUCUCGAUCACAGAUUACGAGAUCUACUCGGCUUCCUUCAGCAAAGCUUGGAGGAAAAGAGACUCUAUCACGUUGUUGUAGGGAACCCUCGCAUCCCGGCUGAAAUUCUGGUUCCCAAAAUAAUCUGUACUGCAGAGCCGAUAAACCUGUUUAGGCCUCUAGUGUUGCAGAGGCAUGUAUACGCCAAAAUGGAAGAGCAUUUUCAAGAGAUGGUCAGAAAUACCUCAGUGCUUGUACAAGAAUAUACCCCACACUUGUCUAACGGUUAUGUGAGACAUUAGUUUAGCAGACCAGAUGUAGACCUACUCACCGAUCUGGCUUUGAGUGCAGGGGAUUUCUACAGACUAAUUACGUGAUGACGUUUUGCACCUUAAAUGUAAGCGCCAUUUUAAGCACUGACUGUAACUGAUGCUAUGAUGAUAUUUGGGUGUUUCUUCAACUAUGGGACUUUUUUGUCCCAGGGGCCAAAUUUCAACUUUUACAUUUAUGUUAUAUGUAGGUCAGAUUAAAGCAGUCUUUAUUUGCAUUUUUAUUUAUUGCUACUUUUCAAAUGCUUUUUAUUAAUAUCAUUUCUUGUUUUACUCUUGUCCCAGACUGAGGCUUUCAAUCUUCAAAUAUACAAUCCAUCAUAAAAAUAUUAAUCUUUACAUUUUUAAGUUAUCACAACAAAGAGUGAAUUAUACACAAAUUUCAAUAUUUAUUUUGCCGAAAUGAAUAAACUGUCCAUAUAAAUUUGUACACAUUAAAACUUAUUAGUUUUGGUGUCAUUUUCAUGAUAAUAAUAAAAAAAACUAUUAAAAAUAAUAAUCAAGUUUAUUGCAAAAGUUAUUUUUUUUUUUCUUACCAAGGGGACAGUGUCAGUGUAGAGCAUUCUGGAGUUGAAAUAAGAUGUAUUGUGUGAAGAAAAUCAAGGUAAAUAUCACCUAAGAACAAUUAUUUUAUCAUGCAUCAUUUCAAGCUGUCAUUUUGAUAAAUUAUGCAAAAAGUGAAAACAAGUGUGUAUUUAAAAUAUUUAAACAAUUUAUCAAGACAAAGUUUUUCCAAAAGUUUAAAUGUAAUGUCCACCACUGAAGGUUACCAAACACAAUACAUAAUUAGAGUUAUGAGUGAAAUGACGUUGCUGUUAUAAAACAAUAGGAUUUUAAGGAAUUUUAUUUUUCCACAGGUCCAAAAGUGCCCAUGGUUGAAAAAACACCCACUUGCUAUUUAUCAUCAUUCUGGCAGCUGAUUCAGGAUCUUUGAACCAUGAGUUAUUGUAAAUUAUGUAAUAUGUUAAGGAUAUAAUUUUGUAACAUUAUCAGAGUAUUUAGCAGUAUUAUCAGUUUUGAUCUUGUCUGCCAACAUAAGGGAUUGUUGAAAUGCCUAAACAACGUCUGAGCAGCAAGCACAUCUAAAGAAAUGGUGCAUAGUGACAUGUACAGGCCCAAGCAGAAGCUGUUUCACAGGUUUGAAAGCGACUUUUUAUCUUUCCUCUACAAUGCACUGGUUUCACUCUUUGUAGUCUUUGUCUAGGAGUUUUUUUUUUUUUUUUUUUUUAAAUCAAACUUGCACUAAACAAACGCUUAUGCAGUAUGCAGUUCUGUGGUUUCCCCUCAUAGAAUGCCAUGUUGUGCAACCCCACAAUAUGCAUUUACAUUUAUGCAUUUGGCAGAUGCUUAUAUCCAAAGCGGCACUUCAUUCAAGGUACACAUAUACAUUUUAUCCG